CCCCCAUCCCCACUGCCCAGCAACAACCCCGAACUCCUCAGAGUCAUCGCGAGAGAUCUCUCCCUGCUUCUUCCAUGGAGAAGGCGAUCGACCGGCAGCGCGUGCUCCUCGCGCACCUCCUCCCCUCCGCAUCCAGCCAGGCCCAGCUAUCCGCGUCGGCGUGCGCGGCCGGGGACAGCGCCGCCUACCAGCGGAGCUCCUGCUUCGGGGACGACGUCGUCAUCGUCGCUGCCUACCGGACGCCGAUAUGCAAGGCCAAGCGAGGGGGCUUCAAGGACACCUACCCGGAGGACCUUCUUACCCCAGUUCUCAAGGCUGUUCUGGACAAAACUGGAAUCAACCCAGCUCAAAUCGGCGAUGUUGUGGUCGGGACGGUGCUAGGCCCAGGUUCUCAGCGUGCGAUUGAGUGCAGGACUGCAUCUCUGUUGGCCGGAAUUCCUGAGACCGUUCCUGUGAGAACUGUGAACCGCCAAUGCUCAUCGGGGCUACAGGCAGUAGCAGAUGUUGCUGCUGCUAUAAAAGCUGGUUUCUAUGACAUCGGGAUUGGUGCAGGUCUUGAAUCCAUGUCAGUGAACUCCGUUGGUUGGGAAGGCCAAGUAAACCCAAGAGUCAUUGAACUACAGAAAGCACAGGAUUGUCUUCUACCCAUGGGAAUAACAUCUGAAAAUGUUGCUCAGCGAUACGGUGUAACCAGAGAAGAGCAAGAUAAGGCUGCUGUUGAGUCUCAUGCGAGAGCUGCUGCAGCCACGGCUUCUGGAAAGUUCAAGGAUGAGAUUAUUCCAGUGCAUACAAAGCUUAUUGACCCCAAAACUGGAGAGGAAAAGAAAGUUGUGAUAUCAGUUGAUGAUGGGAUUAGGCCAGGGACCACGCUAUCUGGAUUGGCCAAGCUUAAGACAGUUUUUAAGAAGGAUGGGACUACAACUGCAGGUAAUUCUAGCCAAGUGAGUGAUGGUGCUGGAGCUGUUCUUCUCAUGAAGAGGUCUGUAGCGGUGAGCAAGGGGCUCCCUAUACUUGGCGUUUUCAGGAGUUUCGCUGCUGUUGGAGUGGAUCCAGCUGUUAUGGGCGUCGGUCCUGCGGUCGCCAUACCUGCUGCAGUGAAGUCUGCUGGCCUUGACAUUGACGACAUUGAUCUCUUUGAAUUGAAUGAGGCCUUUGCCUCCCAAUUUGUCUACUGCUGCAACAAGCUGGGCCUCGACCGGUCAAAGGUGAACGUGAAUGGAGGCGCCAUCGCUAUGGGGCAUCCUCUUGGCGCAACAGGUGCCCGGUGCAUCUCGACCCUUCUGAACGAAAUGAAGCGCCGGGGCAGGGACUGCAGAUUCGGCGUUGUGACCAUGUGCAUCGGGUCCGGCAUGGGCGCGGCGGCCGUGUUCGAGCGGGGCGACUCGGUGGACGAGCUCUCCAACGUGCGCCACAUCCAGUCGCACAACUUCCUGUCCAAGGAUGCUGCAAAGUAGAGGCGUCAAACCAAACCAAAUCGAUCAUCCUCACAAGCAGCAAAGAAAGACCCACAGCAGAAGAAUAAUUUUUACAGACAAGAAGAAGUUUGAAGAAAUGUAAUUUCGUGGGGGAUAAAAAGGGAUGUAUUAUCAGUAACAUAAAUCUUUCGUGCACGCUUGCUCUGAAUAAAAGAUGAUUUUUUUUCUA